AUGUUCAAAGUUGGCUUCUCCUCUGGCCUCGUGAAUCAUCAUACGGGCAAAACAAUUCAACUUGUCUCAUCAAAUUAUGGAAAGAGAAUUUCAUCAUCAUCGAGCUCUACUUUUUUGAUUACAUUAAAUUCAUCCACUCAACAACGAUUUCUCAGAGCCGUAGCCAAUACCAAUGUCAUCAUUAAAAAGAAUUUUAAUAAUUUUGUGGAGGGAGAAGUGAUAAAAGUAAAAGCUGGAUUCAUGAGAAACUUUCUCUAUCCAAACAAAAUUGCAAUUUAUGCAACGGAGGCCAAUUUAAAGGCUCACAACGAGACUCUAACACCCGAGAAGAAGAUUGAAAUUCAAGAACGAAAGAGAUUUCUCAUGAAACAGCGAGAGCAAAUGCGAAUGAACAAAACAGAUGCAUCUGCAGAACAAACCACAGAAAAGGAGGCUUCACCAUCGCAAGAACUCUAA